AUGUCUAAGAAGGGCCGGAGCAAGGGCGAGAGGCCCGAGAUGGAGACUGAUGCCGUGCAAAUGGCUAACGAGGAGCUGCGGGCCAAGCUCACUAGCAUCCAGAUCGAGUUCCAGCAGGAAAAGAGCAAGGUGGGCAAACUGCGCGAGCGGCUGCAGGAGGCCAAGCUGGAGCGCGAGCAGGAGCAGCGGCGGCACACCGCUUACAUCUCGGAGCUCAGGGCCAAGCUGCACGAAGAGAAGACCAAGGAGCUGCAGGCGCUGCGCGAGGUGCUCAUCCGGCAGCACGAGCAGGAGGCGGCGCGCACCGCCAAGAUCAAGGAGGGCGAGCUGCAGCGGCUGCAGGCCACGCUUAACGUGCUGCGGGACGGCGCGGCCGACAAGGUCAAGACGGCGCUCCUGGCCGAGGCGCGCGACGAGGCGCGCAGGGCCUUCGACGGCGAGCGCCAGCGGCUGCAGCAGGAAAUCCUGGAGCUCAAGGCUUCGCGCAAGCAGGCCGAGGAGGCGCUCAGCAACUGCAUGCAGGCCGACAAGACCAAGGCGGCGGACCUGCGCGCUGCCUACCAGGCGCACCAGGACGAGGUGCACCGCAUCAAGCGCGAGUGCGAGCGGGACAUCCGCAGGCUGAUGGACGAGAUCAGAGGGAAAGACCGUGUGAUCCUGGCCUUGGAGAAGGAACUCGGCGUGCAGACCGGCCAGACCCAGAAGCUGCUUCUUCAGAAGGAGGCUUUGGAUGAGCAGCUGGUUCAGGUCAAAGAGGCUGAGCGGUACCACAGUAGUCCCAAGAGAGAGCUCCCGCCUGGCAUCGGGGACAUGGCAGAGCUCAUGGGCGUCCAGGAUCAACAUAUGGACGAACGAGACGUACGGCGAUUCCAACUGAAAAUUGCUGAACUGAACUCGGUGAUACGGAAGCUGGAAGACAGGAACACCCUCUUGGCAGACGAGAGGAACGAGCUGCUGAAACGCUCCCGGGAGACUGAGGUCCAGCUGAAGCCCCUUGUGGAGAAGAACAAGCGGAUGAACAAGAAGAAUGAGGAUUUGCUGCAGAGCAUCCAGAGGAUGGAGGAGAAAAUCAAGAGCGUCAUGAGGGAGAAUGUGGAAAUGAAAGAGAAGCUGUCGGCACAGGCGUCCCUGAAGCGGCACACUUCCUUGAACGACCUCAGCCUGACGAGGGACGAGCAGGAGAUCGAGUUCCUGCGGCUGCAGGUUCUGGAACAACAGCACGUCAUCGACGACCUCUCGCUGGAGAGAGAACGUCUCUUGCGCUCCAAACGACAUCGCGGGAAAGGUCUAAAGCCACCCAAGAAGCAUGUUGUGGAGACAUUUUUUGGAUUUGAUGAGGAGUCUGUGGACUCGGAAACCUUGUCAGAAACCUCCUGCAACACGGACAGGACGGACAGGGCCCCGGCCACGCCCGAGGAAGACUUGGAUGAUACGACGACGAGAGAAGAGGCCGACCUGCGGUUCUGCCAGCUGACCAGGGAGUACCAGGCCCUGCAGCGGGCCUACGCCCUGCUUCAGGAGCAGGUGGGGGGGACGCUGGAUGCUGAGAGAGAGGCCCGGACUCGGGAACAGCUCCAAGCUGACCUGCUGAGGUGUCAGGCGAAAAUCGAAGAUUUGGAGAAGUUGCUCGUCGAGAAGGGACAGGAUUCCAAAUGGGUUGAAGAGAAGCAGCUUCUCAUCAGGACAAACCAGGACUUGCUGGAAAAGAUUUACAGACUGGAAAUGGAAGAGAGUCAGCUGAAGAACGAAAUGCAGGACGCCAAGGACCAAAAUGAGCUGCUAGAGUUCCGAGUGCUGGAGCUCGAAGUAAGAGACUCUAUCUGUUGCGCGCUCUCAAACGGAGCAGACCUUCUCUUUGAGCCCAAACUGAAAUUCAUGUAA